UCCUAAACAAACAGAGAGAGCUUCUAGAGCUUUUUACUCAGAUCAGUUUGUACCAGAGAAAAUCAAUAUGAUCUACCCCAUACUCCUCUGUUUAUUGGUAGCCCCGUUUCACAGUGUGUCCCAGGAAGUAGAAGAUAAAGCGAGUCGUCGUGAAGCAGAAAUGUUGGGGGGCUGGCAUAAUAUGCCACUGGAUUCCAAGACAGUAAAAAGAUUGCAGGGCUUUGUGGAGGAAUCACACAAUCGUGAGAGUAACAGCGAAUAUUGGUACAAGAUCAAGGAAGUUCUCAGUGCCAAAAUGCAGGUUGUGAAUGGAUUUAAUUUUGACAUAAGUCUGAUUCUGGAACCAACUGGAUGUUUGAAAAACGAUAUGGACAGUGACAAGGAGUGUCUUGUUAUGAGCUUACCUGGCCAAAAGGUGGAAGAAUGUCAAAUUGAGAUCUAUGAGCCAAUCCCAAAAUUUGUGCCUGAGAUCAAGAGUAAAAGCUGUAAUGAUUGGACAAUUUAAUUGUCUAUUAUAUGAAGUUCUACUAUUGUUGUCACAGCUAAUUAUACCAGGGUGUUAAAUAAACUGAAUUUUAAUAAACUGUUCAAAUGUU